GUGGCCUUCGUGAUGAUCGGCGCGGCGUGGACGCUGUCGGUGCUCAUCUCCUUCAUCCCGGUGCAGCUGGACUGGCACAAGGCGGCGGCGCGCAGCGGCGGCGGCGGUGGGAACGCGGGAGACUGCGACUCCAGCCUGAACCGGGAGUACGCCAUCUCCUCGUCGCUCAUCAGCUUCUACAUCCCCGUGGCCAUCAUGAUCGUCACCUACACGCGCAUCUACCGCAUCGCGCAGAUCCAGAUCAGGAGGAUCGCCUCGCUGGAGCGCGCCGCCGAGCACGCGCAGAGCUGCCGGUCGAACCGCCUGGCGUGCCAGCACCACAGCAGCCUGAAGAGCUCCAUCAGCCGCGAGACCAAAGUGCUGAAGACCCUGUCGGUGAUCAUGGGCGUGUUCGUGUGCUGCUGGCUGCCGUUCUUCGUGCUCAACUGCGUGGUUCCGUUCUGCCACGACAAGCCGUCCGCGGGUCUGCCCUGCGUCAGCGACACCACCUUCGACGUGUUCGUGUGGUUCGGCUGGACCAACUCUUCGCUCAACCCCGUCAUCUACGCCUUCAACGCGGAGUUCCGCAAGGGCUUCUCCAGCCUGCUGGGCUGCCGGGGCCGCUGCCGGACGCCGGUGGAGACGGUCAACAUCAGCAACGAGCUCGUGUCCUACAACCAGGACACGCUGCUCCACAAGGAGAUCGUGAGCGCGUACGUCAACAUCAUCCCGAACGUGGUGGACGACACGUUCGACCGGAUCUCGCAGCUGUCGCGCGAAGACGAGGACGCGUGCACGGACUCGGUGUGUGAGCUGGAGUGUGACGCGGAGCCCCGCGCGCCCUUCACGGCCAACGGGAUCCACUGAGCGCCGGACGGACACCCGUUGCUGUUUCUGCCGUGAGUGUGUGAGUGUGUGUGUGUGUGUGUGUGUGUGUGUGUGUUUCUGCUAAACUCUGCACUGAUUCUCCACACUGAGGAAAGAUCAGAUCUGGGAGACAGAAAGCUCCUCGUUGUUCAGAGAGGAUGAUGAUAUUGCUGGAGGUGUAACAGCACACAGGAGGCAACAUCUGAAGAAGAUCAAGUCCUCUCAGCACACACUCCUGUCUGAGCAACACUGUGCUGAUCCUCUUCAAAUGCUGACUACUGCGCAUACGCUGCUUGUCUUUGUCUAAUUUCCAGUCCAAAUGUCUGAACAUUCUAGAUGAAGCAUGCUCUAGGCAAGCAGACCAGCAUGUCUUGUGUUCAUAUGUAAUGGCCACAGGGAAAUGUUUUUUCCUUAAAACAACUUCAUUAUCUUGCUUUUCCUUUUGACAUGAUUUUGCUUCCCCCAUUGGCAGAUCAAGUUGCUUGUUUUAAGGAAAGCCCAUUUCAGUGUGGCAUAUUAUUUAUUAAAACAACACAUGCUGUUCUGCUUGCCAAAAAUGCUUCUUGAUGUAAGAAUGUUUGGAUAUUUGGACUGGAAACAAGACAGAAAAUACAAGAAAUGAAAGCAUUUUUGCAGUGCUGGGCAUGAAUGUGUUCACCCCUCACAGAUCCGCUUUUAUAUUCAUAUUUUCUGAGAAAUACUAACUGAGAAAUGGAUAAAAAUGUUCAUUUUCAUAAAGGGGUGUACUCAUUCAUGCUGUGUAUGUGUGUGUGUGUAUAUGUGUGUGUGUGUGUGUGUGUGUAUUGCCAUGUAAAGCUGUCUGUUGUAGGCAGUAUGGUGUAACUCUCAGGCCGGCAGAUGAUCAGCGCUGAGCUCUCGGGUCUGGGUGUUUAUGAAUGUGCUGUGUUUAGCUCAGCAGACUCUCACAUCUGUUGAUUCAGAUCAGUGUAAUUCUGCAUUCAGCACAUUCGUCAUCUCCAACACCUGAAAACUCAUUUAGCGCAGAAGCACAAGACACUCACAAACAAGUUAAAGUUUACAAUUAACAGCACAGAACUGACGGACACGCAAACAUGACAGUGCGCAGGAGACGGUAGAGUAAAACACGCUCCGGUUUCAUUAAGACUUCUGAAUGUUUGAUGUUUAGUUGUGUCUAACUUAUGAUUUUAACUGUGCUGAGAUCAGUGGGGUGGUGCUACACCUGCAGUCAUCCUCUGCGCAGAUCUUCUGGUUUCAUGUGUGUGUAAAUGUUUCUGGAUUUGGUCAUUUGUGUGCUUGAUCCUGGUAAACGCAGCACGUCUGAAGGGUGUAUCAGCAGAGUUUGCAGUGUCACACAAACACACACACACACACACACACACACACACACACACACACACACACACACACACACACACACACACACACACACACACACACACACUCUGCAGAGUGAGCAUAUGGCAGAAACAGUGCGGGAUCCGCACACAGCUGCGCUCUUCAUCAUCCUCAUCCUCAUUGUCCUGCUGGAGAGAUUCCACUGAAGAGAGGCCUUACUCCGCCGGGACUCAUCGGCCUUACACUGAGUGCAAUAUCCUGAACACUGACCGACACUGACCAACUCUGACCACCAUUGACCAACUGUACUGCCAGUGGUCAUCGCCAGCGCAAUUAACCAUCAUUACUGCUAUUGACCAUCACUAUCGCUAUUGACCAUCACUACCACGACUGACCAUUGCUACCAUCAUUAACUGUCAUUACCACUAUUGACCAAAACUACCCUCAUGGACUAUUACUAUCACCACUGAACAUCACUACCGCCAUUGACUAUCACUACCCUCAAUGACCAUCACUUCUACCAUUGACCAUCACUAACGCCACUUAAAAUCACUACCACCAUUGACUAUUACUAACCCCAUUGACCGUCACUAUCGCCACUGAACAUCACUACCGCCAUUGACCAUCACUAUCGCCACUGAACAUCACUACCGCCACUGAACAUAAUUACCGCCAUUGACUAUUACUAUGCCAUUGACCAUCACUAUCGCCACUGAUCAUCACUACCGCCACUGAACAUAAUUACCGCCAUUGACUAUUACUAUGCCAUUGACCAUCACUAUCGCCACUGAACAUCACUACCGCCAUUGACCAUCACUAUCGCCACUGAACAUCACUACCGCCACUGAACAUAAUUACCGCCAUUGACUAUUACUAUGCCAUUGACCAUCACUACCACAAUUGAACAUCACUACCGCCAUUGACAAUUACUACCCCCUUUGACCGUCACUAUCGCCACUGACCAUCACUACCGCCACUGAACAUCACAACCGACAUUGACUAUUUCUAUGCCAUUGACAAUCACUACCACAAUUGAACAUCACUACCGCCAUUGACCAUCAUUACCACCAUUGACCAUUACUACUGCCACUGGCUACCACUAGUGCCAUUUACCAACUUUACUAACAGUGGCCAUCACUACCGCAAUUAACCGUCAUUAUGGCUAUUGACCAAAACUACUAUUAUUGACCAUCACUACCGCCAUUGAUCAACAUCGACCACCAACACCACUGAUACUGACCAACACAACCGCCAAUGACUGUCACUACCGCCACUGACCAUUACUUCUGCCAUUGACCAUCACUACCAACACUAUCACUACCACGAUUGACCAUCACUACUUCCAAUGACUACCAUUGACAAUCACUUCCACCCUUGACCAACAGUGCUGCUGUUAACCGUCACUACUACCAUCGACCAGCACUGAACGCCACUGACCGCUGCUCCACACGCCAAAAGACGGACGGAGCAUCUGCGCAGGCGCGGGUCUCCAGUCUCCACACGAGCUAAGAACUCUUUUCUAAAGUGUUUAUUUAUUUUAUUCCUCUACAGAGCUAAUAUAUGGAGUGUUUCUGUUUCCAUCAAUGACCCUAGAGGAGGGUUACACAUACACACACACGGGGAAAAUGUGUUCCUCCACUGUGUGUGUGUGUGUGUGUGUGUGUGUGUGUGUCUUGUUUCCAGCACAAACGCACAGAGAGAGCUGCAGAAGGAAGGAGAUUAUGCUGUAAAUGUCUGCUGAUUGGGUCAGAGAAAUGAUCAUCUUCUCUUUAAUGUGUGUGUUUCUGCUCUGCUGUUCCUCUGCUUCUGUGUGUGUGUGUGUGUGUGUGCUGGAAACGCAGCAGCUGUAGUGUCGUGAUGUGGUGUUUCUGCUCUCACAUCUGUUAGCCAGCACAUGUCUGAUGUCGUGACGCUUGGUUGCGUUUCAUUACUGUAAUGUUUAUUGUUUACAAAAGCGAAGCCUGUAGAUUAACCGUAACCAAGCACCUCCUCAACCCAACCAAGAAGCCACUCACUGUGUGUGUGUGAGAGAGUGUGUGAGUGUGUGUGUGAGUGAGUGUUUUCUCAAACAAACAGAUGAAUGUACUCUACCUGUCAUGUGCACAGAUGUUUUUAAUAAAAUGACUAUUAAAGUGUCA